GCUCUGAUCCUCUUCCUGCACUCCACACCUCUCCUGCACCACAACCCCCUUCCCUGAGCCCCCUCAUAUUCCCCGCACCCCUCCUCUGCCCCAAUCCCUUGCCCUGAGCCACUUCCAGCACACCGCACCCCCUCCUACACCCCGCAUUUCCUCCCACAUCCCAACCUUUAUGAUGUUUGCCUUUAAAAAAUAAAAUAAAAUUUCUGGGGUGCACACCCUAAUGAAAUGUGCUGCACACACCUAUGAUUAACUUUUUGAAUGCAACACAUUCAUCUUUGGUGGCUUCUCGUGUGUGUGGUACUUCUAUUCCUUCAAUUGAUGUGCUCAUUAGUUCAUUCACAUGAUCAGGCAGAAGGUGACUUCUUUCAGAACACAAAAUUCUAUUCAAUAAUGAAAAGGAACACUCGGCUUGGCUACACUUGAGAGUUGAAGCGCUGGUGGUGGCUUUACAGCGCAGCAACUCACUCACCGUCCACACUUGAAAGGCACAUCCAGCGCUGUAUCUCGCUGGCUACAGCGCUGGCUGGACUCCACCUCUGCCUGGGGAAUAACAACUAUAGUGCUGGUGAUGCACCGCUGCUCCGCCAGUGUGGCCACCAAAAGCACUGUUAUUGGCCUCCAGAGGUAUUCGGAGGUAUCCCAGAAUGCCUGUUCAGCCUCUCUGCUCAUCAGUUCGAACUCUACUGCCCUGGCCUCAGGUGACCCGUCCUUGAAAUGCCCCAGGAAUUUUAAAAAUCCCCUUCCUGUUUGCUCAGCCAGGUGUGGAGUGCAAUCAGUGAAUCUUUCCAGGUGACCAUGGCUCCAUGCACCAAACGAGCCCCAACAUGGAGCAAUGGCAAGUUGCUGGACCUCAUCAGUGUUUGGGGGGAGGAAGCUGUGCAGUCCCAGCUGCGCUCCAGCUGUAGAAUUACGAUACCUAUGGGCAGAUAUCAAGGGACAUGCUGGAAAGGGGCCAUGACCAAGACGCGCUGCAGUUCAGGGUUAAAGUGAAGGAGCUGCAGAGUGCCUACUGCAAAGCCCGCGAGGGAAACCACCGCUCCGGUGCUGCUCCCACAACCUGCCGUUUUUACAAAGAGCUGGACGCAAUACUUGGGGGUGACCCCACCGCCAAUCCAAGGACCACGAUGGACGCUUCAGAGUGGGGGAGUGGAGAAGGAGGAGGGGAGAGGAGGAAACCGAGAGUGAGGGUACUGGAGUGGGGGAAGACACCCUGGAGUUCCAGGAGGCAUGCAGCCAGGAGCUCUUCUCAAGCCAGGAGGAAGGCAGCCAGUCGCAGCAGCUGGUACUUGGUGAAGGACAAGCAGAGGAGAGGCUCAAAGACUCCAAAACUUCAGGAAGAAGCCGCAAAAAAGCAAAGACGACCUGCUGCAAGCAGUUAUGGAUCACUCUUCCAGAGAGAAUCAAAAACUGCAGAGCUGGAGGGAAAGGGAAAGCAGGAUUCGCCAGAGAAACGCAGCGGCCAGGAAGAAAAGCACAAAGCAGCUGAUAAGCAUCCUGGCACGCCAAGCGGACUCUAUCCAGUCACUCGUAGCCAUGCAGGCAGAGCACUACCGUGCCGCCCCGCCCCCCCAUCCCAAAGCUCUUUCCCUUGUGCCCCAAUGUCAGCCCAAAACCCCCUUCCCCAGCAUCCAGGUUCUUACCACCACCAGCUGCCCCCAACACCUGUACGUUCACCAAACAGCCCUGAGAACUAUGACCCUUAGCCUCUGCACUCAACCCCCAUCACCAUGCAGUAUAGGCAUCCUGAAGGGCAGCAGUCAUUGCACAGCACUCCAGAGAGGACAUAUUCAAACCUGUGACUGUACAGUUCCCCACCCCAUCCCACCCCCCUGCCCUUUUAGGU